AGCAAGCUACACCUCCGUACGUCCUUGUCGGUAUCCGAGGUUAGCGGGAGAGCGCCAACCACCCCUGCCUUCGCCUACAAAAACGUACACCAGCAAUAAUCCCACCCCACCGCCGAUCGGCAAAAUAAUGGCGAAGAUCGCGGUGGGAAGCCGGGAGGAGGUCAGGGAGCCGGAUUGCAUCCGCGCCGUGUUGGCUGAGACCAUCCUCACGUUCCUUUUCGUCUUUAUUUGUGUCGGAGCUGCCAUGACUGCAGAGAAGAUGACGGGAGGGAAGGACGCGAUAGUGGGGCUGAUGGCGGUGGCGGUGACGAAUGCGCUGGUGGUGGCGGUGAUGAUAGCGGCGGGGCUCCACAUCUCCGGCGGCCAUCUGAACCCGGCGGUGACGGCGGGGAUGGCCUUGGGGGGUCGCAUCACCCUCUUCCGCUCCAUCCUUUACGUCGCCGCUCAGCUGCUUGGCUCCUCCGUGGCUUGUUUCCUCCUCAAGUACAUCACGGGAGGAAUGGAUACUCCUGUGCACUCUCUUGGUGCUGGUAUGGUGGCCGUCCAAGGUGUGAUAAUGGAGACAGUCCUCACCUUCGCUCUCCUCUUCUCCGUGUAUGCGACCAUUUUGGACCCCAGGAAGGGCAUUGUAGCAGGCCUGGGCCCUCUUUUUGUUGGGCUUGUGGUGGGCGCCAAUAUUUUAGCCUGUGGGCCAUUCACAGGUGCAUCCAUGAACCCAGCUAGGUCGUUCGGGCCAGCCCUGGCCAGCCAGAAUUGGACUAACCACUGGGUUUAUUGGGUUGGCCCAAUGAUUGGUAGUCUCCUAGCCACAUUUGUGUAUGAGCAUCUCUUUAUGGCAGCUUUAUGUAUGUAGAUGUGGACUCGAACCAAGACGAUGGACAUCGGGCUCUCAAUGACUCUUGGCUAAUCAAAUGAGCUCAGUUGAGCCUUACCAUCAAGUCAAGCUGCAAACGCAUGGCAAAUUGGGUGGGUGAACUUUGAACCAGUUCGAUAUAAUGAAUGUUAAAUUAUUUAGUGGUUGUUUGUAGAUUAUGCCUGGGCGUUGCAAUUCUAACAAAUGAUUGUCGAUAGCAACUCUCUAUGACCUGCGGGAGGCUUUUACCAUGCUGCCCUUGGGUAGGACGGCACUCACCAAAAACUUUACCAAGGUUUUUUUUUUUUAACCUAUUUAUUUAAAAAUUAUACAGCCUCAAGAUAAUACUUUUAUUUGAUGACAAUAGUUUGGAAAAUAAAGAUUAUAAUGGAAUGUAAGAGGCUGAUAUAACUAUUACAACGGAUUAUACGGGCAUAGCGAGAUUCAGCUACGAUUUAUGUUAGCAUGAUUUUAGAUGAUUAUAUAAUCUUAAGAAGAUCAUAUAAUUUUAAGAAUCAUUUGAUUUUAGAUUGAGAAAUAUCAAAUUUAUCAAUAAGAAUUAUCCCUACUGAUGGUUCUCAUUGGCAGAAUAAAUGGAUGUAGAUAUUGAAUGGAAACUAGCAAAAGUCUCCGUACUAGAGAUAGCAUGAUGGUGAGAGAAAUUGAUCUAAGAGAAGCUUUUCUAAGAAGCUGAAGAAGUAUUUUAUAGGAUAUCAGAUAGAAAAAUAGCAAAAGUCUAUGUGGUUAGAGACGAUGCGAUGACAAUGAGAGCUUGAUCUAAAAGAGGUUUUCUUAUAUACUAAAGAAGACGUCUCGUGUCAGAGAUGCUAGCUUGAGAGAAAUAAAAUGAAAGUUAAUAAAAAAAAAGAAGAAGAGACAGGUCUUCACGAAGGAGAUGGUUGUGAUACCCUGCUAGAAGAAAAAAACAAGAGAGAGGAGAGAAAAUAAUUUGAAUUUCUAUAUUAUUACAUUCAAUAUAUUUCAGAUAUUAUAUAUACUAGUGUAUAAAUUCUAUACAACAAAAAUAAUAGAAGCUAAUGUAAGAUCAUGUUAAUAAAAAAAAUAUAUUAUGGAUUGAUAUGAAUUAUCAUAUGAUUCUUAAAAUCAUGUGAUCAUUUAAAAUUUUAUAAUUUAUAAAAUUAUAUAUUUUUUAAAAUUAUUUGAUCAUCUUAAAUAAUGCUAACAAUUGAUAUAUAUUAUUUUUUUAAAUACUUCAAAUAAUGGAGUAUUAAAUGACUCAUCUGAUCCGAGGAUCUUGAGAUGGUCAACGAAGAAGGAAGCACAACAGCAUUUUGUGUAUUUUUUUUUGGUCUACAUUUAGAAGGAGAUAUAUCGAAAUAUUAGAAUAUAGAUGAGUUGACUAAUUUUUUUUAUUAAAUUUAUCAAUGAAAGAAUGGAUCUAAAGGAAAGAAAGAUUUUUUUUUUUAAUAUAAAA